UAAGUGGUUGGAACUGCCGCCGCUGUAGCAGGGGCUGCGCUGGAGAGCUGGCCCGGGCGCACUGUGUGCGGUGACGGCGGCGGCAGCUGGCGCCGCUCGGUCCCUUGCUCCAGAGGAGGAGGAGGAGGAGGAGGAGGAGGAGGAGCUGUGCGCCCGAGAAUCCUGGGCAGGGGAGCCGCCGCCGCGGGAUCGGGGCCCGGCGAGAACGGAGCGGAGCCGAGGGCUCUGGAGCAGCCGCGCUUCCAGCCCCCAGGGGACACGCACAACCACCCAGCCCGGGCGAAGUCUGUGAAGCCCUAGCUGCUGCAGCAGAGCGCAGAGCCCCGUGGUCUCCUUCCUGCCGGGGAACUAAGCUGGGCGUCGCGAAGCGGUCCCAGCCCCAGGUCGGAAGAGCCGAGAGCUCCGGGGAGAGGCGAAGCCCAGCAUGCUGCCGGAGGAUGCCUGAGGCUGGCCGACCUGCAAGCGGGCGGCUUCCCGGGCCCUCCCGGACCCUAGUCGGAGGAAUGGUGACCGCGGGCUGCGUCUUGGUCUUCUACCUGGCGGUGGCAGUGAAUAGUGCCGGUGCCGGUCCGGGUCCGGGGCUGGUCAUCUCUCACCUGGAGCCUCGUCCUGCCAGAAGAGCCACAGAGCCACUGAGAAGUGAGGCCAGGAGUCAGCAGGAAUUGGUCUUCUCAAGUGGGGAGAGCAUCGAGCUUGGAUGCGAGGCCCAAGACUCGUCCUUGCUGGCCUGGUUCAAGGACGGCGUGGCAAUCUUCCCCACCAACAGGACCCACAUUGGGCCCGAUCUGCUGAAAAUCAUCAAUGUGUCUUAUGACGACUCUGGUAUCUACACCUGCCAGCAGAAGCAUUCCAGUGAGGUUCUCUGCAACUUUACCAUCCGAGUGACUGAGUCUCCAUCCUCUGGUGAUGAUGAAGAUGAUGAGGAUGAAGGAGAAGACACAGCUGUGCCAGAGCAACCGACGGAGACUGAUCUUCCUCACCUGCCUCUCCAUGGUGCCCCAUACUGGACCCGUCCUGAGCGAAUGGAUAAGAAACUCCUCGCUGUUCCAGCUGCAAACACAGUCCGCUUCCGGUGUCCAGCUGCAGGCAACCCCACUCCCUCCAUCUACUGGCUGAAGAAUGGCAGAGAGUUCAAAGGAGAACAUCGGAUUGGGGGGAUUAAGCUGAGACACCAGCAGUGGAGUCUGGUCAUGGAGAGUGUGGUGCCCUCGGACCGAGGGAACUACACCUGCGUGGUGGAGAACAAGUACGGCAGCAUACAGCAAACGUACACUCUGGACGUCCUGGAGAGAUCCCCACAUCGGCCCAUUCUGCAGGCCGGCCUCCCAGCCAAUCAGACUGUGGUCGUGGGGAGCAACGUGGAAUUCCACUGUAAGGUGUACAGCGAUGCCCAGCCCCACAUCCAGUGGCUGAAGCACGUGGAGGUGAACGGCAGCAAAUACGGUCCUGAUGGAACACCGUACGUCACUGUCCUCAAGUCAUGGGUCAGCAGUACCAUUGAAGCAGACGCUAGCCUGAAUCUGUUCAAUGUGACAGAACAGGAUGAAGGAGAAUACCUUUGUAGAGCCAACAAUUUCGUAGGCAUAGCCGAAAAGCCAUUUUGGCUCCACAUUCGCAAAUCCAGACCAGCUGAAGAAAUGGUCGAGGUGGAUGACUCGGGCAGCAUCUUUGCCGGCCUCCUCAGUUAUGGGCUUGGGUUCUGUCUCUUUAUUGUGGCCGUGGCAGUUGCGGUCGCCAUUUGUCGGCUGAAGAUGCCCUCCAAGAAGGCUAUCAACACCCCCACUGUCCAAAAGGUGUCCAAGUUCCCGCUGAAGCGACAGGUAACAGUGUCCCUGGAGUCGAACUCGUCCAUGAAUUCCAACACCCCCCUGGUGAGAAUCGCCCGCCUCUCCUCCAGCGAGGGGCCCAUGCUGGCCAACGUGUCUGAGCUGGAGCUCCCUGCUGACCCCAAGUGGGAGCUGUGCAGAUCUCGUCUUACCCUGGGAAAACCUCUUGGUGAAGGCUGUUUUGGCCAGGUGGUCAUGGCAGAAGCCAUCGGCAUCGAUAAGGACAAGCCCAACAAGCCCGUCACUGUGGCGGUGAAGAUGUUGAAAGAUGAUGCCACGGACAAGGACCUGUCUGACUUGGUCUCUGAAAUGGAAAUGAUGAAAAUGAUUGGAAAACACAAAAACAUCAUUAACUUGUUGGGAGCCUGCACGCAGGAUGGCCCCCUUUAUGUCCUGGUGGAAUACGCAUCCAAGGGGAACCUUCGUGAAUAUCUGCGGGCCCGAAGACCCCCCGGGAUGGACUACUCCUUCGAUACCUGCAAGCUUCCAGAAGAACAGCUGACCUUCAAGGACCUGGUGUCCUGUGCCUACCAGGUGGCCAGAGGCAUGGAGUACCUGGCCUCCCAGAAGUGCAUUCACCGGGACCUGGCUGCCCGCAACGUGCUCGUAACAGAAGACAGCGUAAUGAAGAUCGCAGACUUUGGCCUGGCCAGGGACGUGCACAAUAUUGACUACUACAAGAAAACCACCAAUGGGCGGCUGCCUGUGAAGUGGAUGGCUCCAGAAGCCCUGUUUGACCGGGUGUACACUCACCAGAGCGAUGUCUGGUCUUUUGGUGUCCUGCUUUGGGAGAUCUUUACUCUAGGAGGCUCCCCGUACCCCGGGAUUCCUGUGGAGGAGCUUUUCAAGCUGUUAAAAGAGGGCCAUCGGAUGGACAAACCGGCCAACUGCACCCAUGAUCUAUAUAUGAUCAUGCGUGAGUGCUGGCAUGCGGUCCCAUCCCAGAGACCCACCUUCAAGCAGCUGGUUGAAGACCUGGAUCGAGUCCUCACAGUCACAUCAACAGAUGAGUACCUGGACCUGUCUGUUCCCUUUGAACAGUACUCCCCUACCUGCCAGGACAGCCACAGCACCUGCUCCUCCGGAGACGACUCGGUGUUUGCCCACGACCUGCUGCCAGAGGAGCCCUGCCUCCCCAAAGGCCCCAAGUGUAACGGCGCCCUCAGGACGUGAUAGCCUCCCGGACCUGGCCCCGGGGCCUGUGGGGAGCUGAGCUCGUCCAGAAUGGAGGCCUACAAGCCUGGAACCAGAGGGGACUAACCAUUCAGAAGGAUGGGGUCUGGGCUCAGGCUGAGCAGAACCUCCUGGCCCACCGAAACUUUGUUUUCCCCCGGAUCAUUUUUGCUGUAGAAAGAAGCCAAGAAGCACUGUAUGGCCUGAAAGAAGAAAAGUCUCUUGCCAAGAUGAUUAUAUGAUAGUAUAUAUAUAUAUAUAGAUUUUAUAUAUAUAGUAUAUAUAUAUAUAUAUAUAUAUGAAAAUAGAAUGUCAGUCUAGCGGUUGUGAGCUCUCCCGCUUCCUCACCAAGGAAAAGGGAUAGACUGGAAGUCAUCAUUCUGUGCUAUGAUGUGGAGAAGAUUUUUUUGAAGGUUCUGGGAUAGGGAGGUAUGUGGGGAAAACAGGGGAAAGGCAGUGUGGUACAGUGGUCAGAGAACCUGGGUUUGAUCCCCAUCUCUACUACUGUACUUCCUGAGCUAUCCUGGACAAGUCACUACCUCUCUGGGCCCAUUUCCUCCACUGGGAAAUGACCACAAGGUCAACUCCUGUGAUCUAGAGAAGGUUUGGAAGAGGAAGGAAGGUAGGUUGGGGUUGUAGUUGUCGGGGAUUUUUUUUUCUUUCCAUAACGAAUGUAGAGAGAUUGCCUUUUUGCAGUCUAACUGAGGACUAUUUGGAGGGAGCAGAUUCCAUAUCCCCUCAGGGGACCGGGUGCAGGUGUGGUCCCACCUACUGGAGGGUGACUCUGGGUUUGAGAGAAAGCAUUGUAUACAAAGAUGGAGGACAGGAGAGGCUUUGGGCCUCGAAGGGACAGUCUUGGCCUUGUGGCCUUCUUCUCCCAAUUAACAAAAAGUCUGGCCAAUGUGGAACAGGAAUGAUCAGUGGUCCGACUUGGGUUGAGGGGCAGCCAGAGGCAAAGGGCAUCUAUCUUGCUUCAGUUCUUCCAGCUCCGGUCAUGAUUAGGACAAAGAGGAGGCAGAAGCAAGAAACAUUUCAGGACUAGGUCUCUGGAGCAGGAGCAGGGGGCUAGGGCAAGGGUUCAUGUUGGAGUAAGUGUCAGGACAGUGUUGGAAGUAGAGUAAGGGUCAAGUGCCAUAUUUCCUCAGUGGGUAACUAAGAAGUCAAGAGAGGUAGAGUAGUGUAGUGAAAGAGACACUGACUGGGCUUGGAGGGAUAAGGAAAUCUGAAUCAAAGCCCGGCUCUGCCAUUUACUAUGCAUGUAAUCUUCAGCAAGUUUAUCCCCCUCCUGGACCUCAGUUUCCUCCUCUGUAAAAUGGCGGAAUCAGCAAUCUCUCAGAUACCUUUUGGCUCUAAAUCCCAUGAUCCUCUAAGUCACCUUCUCUUUCCGGGCUUCCUGUUCUGUUUAGAGUUGCUUUGGGGGGAACUAGGAUUCCUGCCUCAGGGGUGUGACUGAUUAGUUGGUUGGCUGUUUGGAGCUGGGGCUUUUUGUCUUCUGUAUUAAAGAGAAACAUCCCAGGUGUCAGCUCCCCCCCAUCUCCUUCCCCCAUCCCAUGAAGAUUUGAAAUUACGGGUACCUGAAGGCAGGAGCCUUUAAUUUAUAUCAAAAAAGGUUUAUUCCAGACAAUUGUGUAUAUACAUAUAAAUAGACGCUCUGUGUGGGUGGGUGUGUAUGUGUGUGUAUCUGUGUGUGUGCGGGGGUGUGUGUACAUAAAAUAUAUAUAUGGAGAGUGUACAAUAGUGGUCCACCUUAAGCAAGAUGGAUGGAAGGCCCUCAGAAGUAAACAUUACAAUUCCAAAUACCGGACCUUUGGGGAAAAAAAAAUAAGAAGAGGAAAGAAAAAAAGAAAUUGCGUUUUGUUGUUGUUGCUGUUAUUGUUCUAUAUUGUCACAGUUUUGUUUUAAAAAUUGUAUUUUAACCUGUAUAUUUGUAAAGUUAUUUAUAGCCUGCUGAAGGGACUCCGUCUGCUUUGUUUAAAAUAUGCUAGCAUUGCUGUCAACCUAAUUUCCCAGAGUUUUAAGAGUUUUAACUUAUUAACAGCUGCAAAAGUAAGUAUAUGCCUUUGUUUCCAUGUUUACGGGAACCAUCGAGCGAAUGUAUUGUGUGCACGGUCCUGAACAGAUGUCAUGAGAUUGUCUGUGUUGUUUCAGAUUCCAACUUUUCUCCGGAUUGCAGUGAGGUGUUUUGGGUUUAUUUUUGCAACAACACAGUUAAGCGAGAGCCCCCAGAGACAGCCUUCAGGAGGGAGGCUGUGCUUGUAUUUUGUUUUGAGGAAACUGAGGCUGGUGGGAUUCAGUGUGGCUUGAUGUGCCUGGGCUGGGCAGGGCUUUCUCUGUUCCUUCUCUUUGGAGGGGUGGGAAGGUCAUGAAUCCUUCUGCCAGAUGAAGAUAUUCAUUAUUGUUGGCCCAAAGCGUGUUGGCUUCCUUUCCCAAUGUUUGGGUUGGAUAUGAAGGGGACAGAGCUCAGCCCCCUGACUUACUGGUCCCCAGCCCUCCAAGCAUCCCUGCAUGGCCUGCAUUUCACAUGUGACCACAGCAUCCCACCGUCCCCAGAGACAUAGCCAGAGAGUGCCCCAGCCCUCAGCAAACUACACACUCAGUUAGGAGACAGAUAGGUCAGUGUUGGAAACCUGGCUUUUUUUUUUUAAAACUCUUUCUGGAUGAUACAAGAGGCAUUUCUGAGUGUGUCCUGUAAUUUCCUCCCUCACCACCCAGCUAGUUCCUUCAUGAUGAAGCAAAGGAAACAGAGUCCUGGUCUGUGACUAUGUACUCUUUCCCUCUUUUCAGAAUUUCUUGGAAACUAAAGUCUAAAAAAAUAAUUUAUAGUUUAAAGAUGAUGCCAAGAAGCAGGUUUCUUUUCUUUCUUUUUUUUUUUUAAUUUGGGGUCUAUUUUGCAGAGAAAGUAGAUUUCUAUAGGGGGGACAUUUGGUUUGGUUUUGUUUGGGGAACUUCAAAUGGGAGAGAAAAAAAUGGUAUUUUCCUACAAAUGUCUUCUAAUCACGUACAUUCCGCAGACGGACAGAGUGUGACGUCCAGCACCAGAGGAGAAUGUACAAUCGUGCGCAUGGUUUCAAAUGUUAUUAGAUAUUAUAAAUAUAUAUAUAUAAUUUAUUGAGUUUUUACAAGAUUGUAUUUGUUACUGUAGACUUAACAUUUCUUAUGCAAUGCUUAUAUAGUUUUAUAGCCGGGACUGUUACCUUUAAAAAGUUUGGGAGACAAGUGCCAUAAAUCAUUUUCUCCACUGUUAUAUAGUUGGCAGAUUUGGGAUGGCUUACUCUCUGUAGGCAAUUCCACGUUUAUUUGAGACAUGCAGUACCCAUCGGUGGCUGCUGUCAGAGGCGUCAGAACACUAAACACAGCAGACUCUGCUUUUCUUAACCUGGCAAACUUUAACUUUUACCAAAAAAUAAAAUAAAAUAAAAAUUGGUUUAAGCUUCA